AGUGAUCCUUCUCUCACCAUCUCUAGUCCUUUCUUCAUUGGUUUCUCUUUUCUUGCCAUCUCCUUGGUAGUUCUUCGAUCGGAUGGCACCGAGGAACGUUGGGGUGGCGGUGGACUUCUCGGCAUGCAGCAAAGCAGCACUGAGAUGGGCAUCAACCAACCUCAUGAGAGAGGGUGACCGCCUCAUCCUCGUCCACGUCAACAGUUGCUACCAAAAUGAGCAAGGGAUGGUCCACCUAUGGGAAAAUACGGGUUCACCCUUCAUUCCCCUGGAUGAAUUCUCGGAUCACUACAUAACGAAAAGGUAUGGGGUUUUCCCAGACAAGGAAACUCUCGAAAUACUCCAUCAUGUGGCAAAUCGGAAAGGGGUAGAAGUUGUUGCCAAGAUAUAUUGGGGUGACCCGAAGGGGAAGUUGUGUGAAGCAAUCGAGAAGAUCCCACUGCACUGCCUAGUAGUAGGUAGCAGAGGACUUAGCAGAGUGAAGAGGGCCCUUCUGGGAAGCGUAAGCAGCUAUGUGGUGAACAAUGCAGCGAGCCCUGUUACAGUGGUUAAAGAAAAUACUGUCUGAGGUCUGAUCGCCAAUGCUAUGGGGAUUAGUUUUAACGUAUGGUCUGUUGAUGUAGUUGCGUGUAUUGUGGCUGCCACCUUUAAAAUAUGUUCCGCGUUAAGUGCUUAAUUGUAGUGUUUGUUGGGAUCUCAUAUUCGCCAUAGCUUGUGCUAUAUAUGACUCGAGGUCUACCUCCCAAGUGUACGUGUUGUUCUUGUCGACUUUAUG